AUGGUCAUGGAGGUGAUGUUGGCUUUGUUGGCGGUGGUGGAGAGCGAUUACGAUGAUGAAGAUGAUGAUGAAGAAAUCCUGUGCUGCUUGGACCUGCACCUGCACCUGGCCAUGGCGGCCGCCGUCCAUCUCCACCACCAUUACCUCCUCCGUCCGCCGCCUCGCCGAGCCAUGUGCCUCUUCUCCUCGCCGUGGCGCUCUCUGCCGCACCGGUCUGGCCGCCUCCGCUCUUCCCUCCCCGCCCCCACCUGCCACAUUGCCGUCGCCGGCACAGAUGAGUCGGAGUCGGAGUUCGUGGUCGUAACCUUCUACAAGCUGGUGCCCGUGGAGGACCCCCGCGCCGACGUCGCCGCGCACCUCCACUUCCUACAGGGACGCGACAUAGACAUACAUGGUCGCAUCUACAUGAACGAGCAGGGGAUCAACGCUCAGUACAGUGGUCCACGCAAGGAUGCAAUGGCAUAUGCAGACUGGCUCAGGAGAGACCCGCGCUUCUCUGAUAUACUCGUCCAGAUUUCGCCAGCGUUAAGCGGCCAUGCUUUUCCACGUCUCAAACUGCGCUACAAACAAUCGCUUGUGCAGUUGGAAGGUGGCACUUGUCACCUUCCUCUGGUCGAGCCUAGCAUGCGUGCUUCACCGCUUACACCGUCGGAGUGGAAGGCAAAACUUGAAGCUAGGAAACGCCUUGAAAUCGAAGCAGCUGGAGACGUCUCUGAACAUCGAAAGCUUUUGCUCCUUGAUGUCAGGAAUGACUAUGAAUGGGACAUUGGGCAUUUUGAAGGAGCUAAGAGGCCUAACGUGGACUGCUUCAGAAGCACUUCCUUUGGGCUGUCAGAGCAAGAGAUGGAUUCAACGGACCCUCUACAUGGAGUAGACAAGGAGAACACAGACAUAUUAAUGUACUGCACGGGUGGCAUAAGAUGCGACGUGUAUUCAACGAUUCUGAGGGAGAAGGGUUUUGGAAAUUUGUACACCCUGAAGGGGGGUGUGUCCAACUAUCUGAAGAGUGAAGGGAGUGCAGAGUGGGUGGGCAAUCUGUUUGUGUUCGAUGACCGUCUGUCCCUGCCACCAGCCAAGUUUGCAGAAGAAGGAGGUGGCGCCGAUGAUGGGUCGUCGCGGUGGCUGGGGCGGUGCUAUGUGUGCGGGUCGGAGGUGGAGGAGCUGAGGCACCGCAACUGCGCCAGCAUCGACUGCAACCGCCUCUAUCUGUGCUGUGGUGGGUGCUUGGAGGAGCUGAGGGGCUGUUGCUGCUCGGAGUGCAUCGGCGCGCCACGGCUGAGGCCGCUGCUGCCGGGGCACCAGAGAUACGACAAGUGGCACCUGUACCGUGACGUCGUCUCGACCAUCUCUAGCUGAGCUGAGCUGAGCAUCAUCCAGCGCAGCGCAGUGCAGUAGUUGCUCGAUUACAGAAGGUUCACGAGUACUGUAAGUAAAUGGUUGGAGCAUUAUGCAGGACAAGCCAACUCAAGUGAAGUGAUUGGCCUCAAGAUAAGUGUUGGUUUGAGAAGCAAACCAAUGAGAAUCACAUGGGUUUGUUUGGUCUCCAGCAUCCUCCUAGCUUUCCUUUCAGAUUGCUUCUUUUUAAGCAGUCCAUCUUGUCUGGAAAUUGGAAUGGAUGGAUGGAUGACAAACCUCACUCAUCACACAUUUUUUAGCUGUCCUCAAACAAUUCCUUGACUGA